CAUAUUUUUUGGCUAGAGUUGUCACGCUUGGAUGAGUUCAGAAAAGGACAACUCCUAGUUGAUGUUUGUUCAACUCUCUCUCUGGGACCGGCCGAGGUUGUUUGUUUUUCAGUGUGAUAUUAUAUUAAGGCCUUUCCAUGGUCUGCUACUGCACACCCCAGGAUCUCCUUGGUGUAAAUACACAAUUUCUGGUGCAAUUUUGAGUUGGGAACCAUGAUCAUCUCACGGGUUUCGUUGUCGCCGCUUGUCGCCGUCUUUGUGGCACUCUUUUCGACAGUCGUAUACUGCCAGAGCACCGCCUCUUAUAACUUGACGCAGACAUCGUACACAGUGCGGGAGGGUGACACCCAUGUCAUUAUUGCAAUAAACCGGAGGGGAAAUAUCAGUGUUCCCACAAGUAUUUUGGUGACCACAGUGUCAGGCACUGCGAUCAGUCCAGGAGACUUCACCCCACUUAACCAGCGGAGGGAAUUCAUAGAGAACUCCCUGGUGCUUACCGUCCGCAUUGUUAUCACCGAUGACAACAUUCAAGAAGGGGAUGAAUCCUUCCGGGUCCAGAUAUCCAACCCUUCGGACGGCGGCACCAUUGGCUCUGGCUCCCAGGCAGAGAUCACCAUUCAGGACAAUGAUGCACAAUUUAGCUUUGAGAGCAAUUUAUACCCGGCUGUCAGUGAGGCACAAAACAGCAUCACGGUUGCUGUUGUUAGGAAUGGAUACUCUAACAGGGAAGCCAAUGUCUAUGUUUCCACUAUGAACCGUGACCCCAACAACCCUAACAGUGCAACACCGGAUGGGGAUUUUGUCCGUUUGGUUGAGACACGGUUGCAGUUUCUGCCCGGGGUGAACAGGGUUGAGGUACCUGUGACAAUCCUGUCAGACCAAAUUCCUGAGAACACAGAGACAUUGGUCAUGCAGAUAGUGCGAGUGGUAGAUGGGCUAGUUGGGUCCCCCUCCAGAGCAACGCUCUCCAUUUCUGACGACGAUGUACAAUAUGAGAUUCUGGAGGAAUCCUAUUCGGUGAAGGAAAGCACAGGUUUGACCCAGAUUACCGUCACAAUCACCAAGAAAUUUAACCUACUGGAAGCCAGCUCAAUUCAGGUGUACACAGAGGAUGGAACAGCCACGGCAGCAGGCCGAGACUACGCCACAUUCUUCAGCAGGGUGGGUUUUGCCAUGAACCAGGCCAGUGCCACUGCCAUCAUUAACAUCCUGGAUGAUAAUGUGUACGAGCCCGUACCCGAGGUCUUCUACGUGGGUAUUCGUGACCCCCAGCCCAGCGGCUUUGUGCUGACCAGUGCCAGUCGGAGGCCUAUUACCAUUGAAGACAACGAGUCCAUUCUGUCAAUCGUGAACUCUACAUACACUGUCAGCGAAUCUGACAGAUCUGUCACUGUUCAGGUUCGACGGACAGGGGAUUUGUCUCAGCAAAGUAGCGUGCGUGCGAGGUCAGUCGCUGUCAGUGCCACCGCCGACCAGGACUACACACCCUUUGACCUGGAGCUGAUGUUCCCUGUCAACCGGCAGGGUGUAGACCUCAGGAUUGCCAUCAACGAGGAUGACGUCACCGGAGAAGGAGAUGAAGUCUUCAUUGUGGAGCUCUACAACGCUGCAGUCAGUGUAUUGGACGCUGAGGCUUCGUCUGCAAGAAUCACCAUCCAGGACAGCCCGCGGCUCAGCACACUGGCGAUUGUCCUGAUAGCUGUUGGCUGUUCCAUCUUUGUAAUCCUCAUUCUGAUUAUGAUUCUCUGCUGUUGUGCUUUCAUGAGACCCAACGAACCCAAAGAGCCAUUUAGCUACGACCGAGGGCUUCGUGGUGCCCCAGUGCUGGAUAUCCCAAGGGAAGCGUUAGGCCGCGGACCAGUGGUCACUUACUAUCCAGAUGAUUUGGAUGACCGAGGCCGUUAUCGCUUGGACAGGCCAUCCCGUCGCAGUGACAGGCGCAACAACGGUUCCGUCGUCCAAAACGGAGGCCCACGUAUAACCGAGAUAGAUGAAAUCGAGCAGGAGCCUCGUCGGGAAUCAAACCGACAUGCAUCCAGUGAUCAGCCCCCUCCACCACCCCCUCCCGCCGAGGAACGUCUGCCUGAAGGAAGAGAACCUGAGGAUCGUUUUGAUGAACCCUCCGACCCCCGCCGCAGCCGCUCCAUGUUCAACCCAAGGGCUGAAAGAGAACCUUACUGGGGAAAGGCCCGUCAAUCCUACCACUCUUCGCCGAACCAUUACGGAUAUUUCUGAUCUCAUUUAUCUGUCUGUGGGUGUACAACUUGGAUAGGCCUGUUAUCUUGAAUUGUUAGAUAUUGGCAUCAACCAAUUUCAUUUGGGGGGGGGGCCUGGGGAGGAUUAUAAGGCACUUUCAAAGGAAGAAUAUUUGUAUCGAGAUGUACCAAGAUGGAGGAGUAAAUGAAGAAAGCUGGAAAGAAGUGAAAUUAUUGUAUAGUUGAGGUUCAAAGAAUCUCAAUGUGUAGUAGUUAACGUUAUGGUGUGUGAAGGGGUCAAGGUUCAUAGACCUUCUAACUUUCCCCUUCCCCCUCAAGUCCCCUUGGGCUAAAUUUUGAUCGUGAUCGUGGAGAUUGCUAGCCUCGAUAACACGAUGAUAAAUUUUACUUUACACGUGCUGUUUGCAAAAUGGCAGCUACUUUCUGCGAGGUCUUUAGAUGCAGUUCACGUCGUUUCCCCCCGCUUGUGUCAAAAGUGUGUUGAUUGUUACAUAAGCGUGUCACAAAUUGGCAAGAAGACUUUGAAUUGUCAUAAAAUGAAAGCAGAGGUAGGAUAACUGAGAAGCAAAUGAGGAAUUUGCCAAGUUAAAUCUUGAUUGUGUUCCAUCUGUUCAUGGUAACCUAGGGAGUAAGGUGGUCUUGGGUAUGCCGCUGGUAUAGGCCUGAUGGUCAGGGGUAACAAUGAUACAGUAUUUUGAGCAUCAUUCUACGUACUAGAUGAUGUCCAUUGUAUAUUCUGAUCUUGACUUGACUAUGUACAUUUUCAUCUUAAGAGAACUCGUCACCUGUUUACAUAUUACUCAUUCUUUGUUUUAAUACAACAAAAUUGAUAACUUGCUCGUAAAUUUCAUAGAGAAUUAGUCUGUUUUAUUCCACACUAUAUAUUCAGGACAAUUUGCUUUAUUUUGUUUCUUCCACUGCUAAUGAGCCCAGGCCAUCAUGUGCUGCAAUUUGCCAGUGUCAGUGAAAUAUGAGAAACUAAGGGUUAAUGAUGGUCGGUUUGACCCCUGACACUUUUAAGGAUUAUGUGUAGUUCCAAAUGCGGAAAGUUUGACUUGGAAACACAGUUUUUAAACUUGAUUAAAAAAUGAUAUAAACAUUAAUUAUAGCAACAAAAUUAUGGUCACUUAGUAAUUAUUUUAUGCAUUUGGGGAAGCGUAUGGUAAUCAAGAAUUUACAGAUUUUUAUUUAUUGGGUUCUGUUUUAUCUGCUAUAUAUUUGUGUAUACUGUUACCUAUUUUAUAAUCAUCUUUAAAAGCUGGGAAAUAAAGCUGUGUUUAAUGUCUUACGUAUGUGUUUAAUGUUUUAAGUAUUACACUUUCUUUUUGACUGCUCAAUAAAUCCAGCCCAAGUUUUCUUCCCGUUUUCAGUAUGCACCA